ACAUACAUUGUAAUAUUCGGUGAAAUAUCUAUCUAUUGAUAAUCGCAACGUGCGAGGAGGGAAACAAUUGGCCGCAUGCGAAUUCCCUCUCUACUCGGCGAUUGGAAGGCUGUCCUGUCAAUCUCCUUUCUGACAAAUCGUGGGGUUUGUUUUUGAGUUGGCGAGGGCGUGCUGAACCGCGUGCAGAGGUGCGGGAACUGUCAGUGAGGCGCGAGCUACCACGGAGCGUUUAGAGAACUUAUGUUAAGACGAGUGUCUCUCAUACCGAGUGUUACUCAAACCGACGCCUGUCAGUCAUACAGACGACUGCCAGUCACACAGACGACUGUCAGUCACACAGACGAGCAGAAAGAAUGACAUUGGGCUCCAGGGAGGGGAUCGGUGUCGAUGGACGGAGGAAUUCGUCCCGAAAGCCAGAAGGUUGUGAGGAGGAGGAGGACGGGGAGACGGGGAGCGAGGAUCGCGAUACAAAGGGAGACGGAGCGGAGAGCCUUCAUCCAUCAACCGCAGGCAGCCCGGGGCUCCCCGGCCCGGUGCCCCCCGGCCCGGUGCUGACCGAGCCCGGACCCGGCUCGGCACCACCGCCCCUAACCUCCACUGAACCCACUCCCCCGAGUCACGACCAGCAUCAUUUUCUCCGAUCCAGCGUUCGUCCUCCGAGCAAGCGAAUCCGGAAGGACUCGGUCGGCCCGGCCGGCGACGGGCCCGGUGGGUCUAGGUCCAGAGGUGCAGAGGGUGGCUCCUCCUCCCAGGGCGCCUCGGGGCCGUCCGGCUCGGCUGCGGGGGCCGCGGCCGGGGGGGUGUCGAAGGCGUCCCGGGGCCCGGCCGACAAAGAGGAGCAGGCGGGGAACCAGAAGAGGGCCCGGCGCCAGUGGGAGUCCUGGAGCGCAGAGGACAAGAACAGCUUCUUCGAGGGGCUGUACGAGCAUGGGAAGGACUUUGAGGCCAUCCAGAACAACAUCGCCAUGAAGUACAAGAAGAGGGGCAAGCCGGCCAACAUGGUGAAGAACAAGGAGCAGGUUCGCCACUUCUACUACCGCACCUGGCACAAGAUCUCCAAACACAUCGACUUCGCCAACGUGUACACCCGGGUGCUGAAGAAGUCGUCCCAGGAGCUGUACGGACUCAUCUGCUACGCCGAGCUGCGCAAGAAAGUAGGAGGACUCAUGGACGAUAAGAAUGUCACGAAGCUCAACGAGCUCAUCCAGCAUGGGGCCACCACGGUGCGCUCCAAGGGAAGGAACCUGCGGAUCAAAGCCCCCAUGUGCCGGGCCCUGAAGAAGCUGUGUGACCCAGACGGGAUGAGUGAGGAGGAGGACCAGAGGCCCGCCCGCCUCCCCCUGAAGGUGGCCGUCGAGCUGCAGCCGCGCACCAACCACUCCUGGGCCCGCGUGCAGAGCCUGGCCCACAACCCGCGCCUCAGGAUGAUGGUGGAGCUCCACCGCACGGUGGCCAGCCUCAUCGAGUACCUGAAGCACAAGUGGGCCUUCCACGACGAGCGCAUCCUGAAGAGUCUGCGGGAGCGGGAGGCUCUGGAGGGCCCCGCGGGCCCCGGGCCCCCCCCCCCGGGCCGGCCCCGGGCGGAGGAGCUGUUCCUGUACCCGGCGGAGUGCAGCACGGUGACGGCGCUGCCGGGCGUGGCCCGCGUGGUGCACUCCAAGGCCUCGUGCACCGUGCACUGGCAGGAGAGCGGCCGGGCGCGGCCCGGGGGGGGGGCACGCCCCGGGCCCAAGGACCUGCAGACCGCCCAGAUCCUGGGCAUCCACGGCCCCGCCCCGCUGCCCCGCGGGGGGCCCCGGGCCGGGCGGGGGGCCGACCCCCGGCGGGUCGAGCCCCCGCCCGCCUACGACCCGCCGGCCGAGCCGGGGGGGGAGGAGAGGAAGGCCCCGCCCCCCGGGGCUCCUCCCCCCUCCCAGACGAGCUCGGGGCCCAAGGUGGAGGCGGGGAACGGGGAGGGGCCCGACGCCGGGGCCGCCCCCCCCGAGGAGGCGGGCGGCGGGCCCCCGGGGGCCCCCUCGCCCGGUCCGGAGAGGCGCCCCUGCGGCGGCGUGGAGGACACGCCCGCCGCCGCCGCCACCGCCGCCCCCUCCCCGGACCCCAAGCCCCCGGGGGCCCGCGGCGAGGAGGGCGGGGCCCCGCGGCCCCCCAGCGCGCUGGAGGAGAAGGAGCGGCUGGCGGAGGCCAUCCGGGAGGGGGGCUGGAGCGUGGGGGGCGCGGACGGCGUGACGCUGGCGGAGCUCUACUUGAUGCUGGGGCGGCCCAGCAAGCUGCAGCUGGAGUACGAGUGGCAGCCGGCCCCGCCCCCCCCUGACCCCGCCCCCGCCGGCCCCCCCGCCCCUCAGCCACGCCCCCCCAGCGCCAACCGGGUGCUGCGCUGCCUGCUGAGGCUGGUUUCCACCGAGGUCAACCCCAAGCCGCUGGCUCCAGAGCAGGGCUCCAGCGCCCCGUCGCCCCUCAAGCUGCCCCAGGAGGAGCAGAGCGGGGCCCUCACCCCCCCGGGGAAGGGCCCCGCCCCCGCCGUCCGCAGCCCGGGCUGUGGCCGCCAGCCCCCCUCCCUGCGGGGGCCCAAGGCCCUCCUGCCCAACGCCGCCGCCGGGGGGCGCCACCUGCCCCGCUCCCUGCUGGGCGCGGCGCCGGGCGGGGACCUGGAGGGCGGCGUGUUCGCCAUCCCCACCACGCUGCCGCCCAACAGCUCCCGACACUCGCGCAUGUUCUCCCCCAACAAGGAGGCGCAGCUGGCCUUCAGACAGCAGCUGGACUCCAUCAGCAUGCAGUCCGAUCUGUUCCUGGCCAAGCAGAAGAAGCCCCGCAGCAGACAGCUCCGCAAGCCCCUGGUGGUUCAGAGGACCCUGCUGCCGCGGACCACCGGGGACACACCCCCCCACGUCUGCUCCUUCUCCAUCCUGUCCAACUCCCCCGCCGCAGGAACCGGCUCCUUCCGGCCAAUCCAGACGCGCCUGGCCCCCACGUCCCGCCCCCUCCCCUCCAAAGCGUCUCCCGCCAACCCCAGCCUCUCGCGUGCGAUCGACCUGGCAGCCAAGUCUGCAGGCAUCAUCCCGGCCAGCCCCUCCAGGGAGGGGUCCUCGGACCUGGGGGGCCACGCCCUGCUGGACCCCGCGGCCGGGGGCGACGGGGACGGGGACCUCCGCCCGGACCUCCGCCCGGACCCCGGCCUGCUGCAGCACAACGGCCCCGAGAGCGGGCCCCCUCCGCCCAGGGGCCGGGACCCCGUCCUGCCCCCGCCCAGCGUGGCCUCCCUCCUGGACAUCUCCCUCCCCGGCCCCCCCGAGGAGAGCAUGCCGCCGGGGGACGGCCACGCCCACAUCAGCGACUCCAUCAUCGAGCUGGCCAUCAACUCCUCCCACUUCGGUGAGGACUCCGCCCUGUCCUCCACCAAGCUGGGCUCCAGUAACGGCUCCAAGCUGCUGGCGGCGUCGCCCCCCGGGAGCCCCUCCCACGGCUGGAUCCCCUCGCCCAGCCACGACCCCCAGUGGUACCCCAGCGACUCCUCCGACUCCACGCUGGGCUGCCUGCUCUCCAGCCUGGUGUCUCCUGAUAAGGGCCGCCGGCCGUGCCCCUCCGGGCCCUCCAGCGGGACGGCCCUGCUGGGGCCCAGCCUCCUGGACUGCAACUCCCACGACUCCUUCCAGUCCCGGGGCCUCCCGGACGUGGCCGAGAUGGACAGCCAGCUGGCCUGCAUGAUGAGCGAGAGCAGUGUGGACUACAUCGCCCGCUUCAACGACCUCGCCCAGGAGCUGGCCGUGACGGAGCCCUCGCUCCCUCCUCCACCCUGAGAACCACCCUCCACCCUCCACCUCCUCCACCCUGAGAACCAAGCAGCCCCCCCUCUCCUCCUCCCCUCUCCCAGUCGGCAGUCAGAGCCCCCCCUCACCGCCUCUGCCCCGGCGUGGUUCUGAGGCGACCAGCGAGGAGGGGACGCCGUUUGGUUUCCCUGAAGUCUCCUUCGGAGGUGAAGACGCCCUUUAAGAGAACGCCGACGCCAGACCUGUUGAGCUCUUCAUCAGACCUCUUCUGUACCAUCGUCACUCUGAAGGUCACAUCACCACCCGGUUCCCUGGUAACAAGCCAACAUACCAUCAGCUAUUCUUCAGUUUUAAAGGUCCUACAGACCAUAAUAGCCACCUGCUGAACCACAGGAGGUGAGGGACAGCAGAGAGAUGUUUGGGGAAGGUCUCCAGCUCCAGUGAAGUGCCUCCCCCCUAUUGGCUGAUCAGGCCAGCGGGGACCAGCGACGGCCUUCGGCCCUCCAGCGCUCUGAAUGUUGACCAUCGGUGCCACGCCCACAACACACCCCCACGUCGGGAGGAGAAACGGAACGUCUCCAGGAGAGAUUUGGUCUUUGUUCAGUUCCCCAGCUGAACCGAUGUUUGGAGAGGACUGGAUGUCUGCGCUGAGGAAACAUCCUCCUCCACCCUGUGGGUUUGUGUCAUCGUAUCACAGCUCAGAACUCGGACCGGACUGGGGAAGAAUAUGACGGACGGACAGGAAGUAGAGCCUCAUCAAGGCUAGCACUCCGCUCCAGAGCCGGUGAACGGUUCGAUUGCGAUCUGAUGCAGUCUCAGUUCUGGGAUAGAGCUAAAGAAAUGUUUGUAUUUUGAUAUCUGGAGUGUAGUGGGACUGGACCUUCCCUCGUAUGUCUAACAUACUUGCAGUCAGAUGGAUUUCACCUAACCAGCAUGAGCCAGUGCAAGUUAACUUUAGUUCAUCAUCUUUGCCAAUAUGUUCACUUUCAAAACGUUGUUUUUGUCAAAGGGAGUUUUUCAAAGCACUGUUCAGCCCUUUUUUGAAUUUGUAACUUCUAGACGGUGAAAUGUGAAGUGUCUCGCAGCUUGGAGGUUCGGUUUCGGGCCCUUUUCUGUUCUGAGUGUAAAGAAGUUUAAAGGGAAAUCGGAGUUCAGAGUUUUAGAUUCCUGGUUCUAUCAAAGGACUGGUCUGUCCAUGCGUUCGGUUGCUCCGAUGUUGAAUUGUAAAUAACGAUUCCAGUAUUCACUGCGCUUUUGUAACAUAAUGUAAAUUAUUUGAAUUAUUUAUUAACAAUUUCAGAAAGGUUAUGUUUUAAAUUAAGAUGACCUCCAAAAAGCAAAGUUUGUUCAGUUUGUAAAAAGUUUUUAUUCUGUAUAAAAUGGUUCUAAACAA